GAAGAGAGAGAGAGAGAGAGAGAGAGAGAGAGAGAGAGAGUUAAUUGCAGUCCUGUUGGGAAAAUUAUUUAGUUUGAGGGCAUGGUGGGGCCUUACCCGGGGCUCCCAAGGGACGUGGCAGCCACCGUCCCCCGCCGGCCCCCCCUCAGGCACUCCUGGGUGAGAGAAGCACCCCAGAGUCACCCCAGUCACCCCGCCCCCCUGGAGGUUGAAGUCACCCCGUACCCUCCGCCCCCACAAGACACCCCAAGCACCCCCGGCCUUGUGUCUCGGGCCCGUGCGCUGUUUGAGUCACCCCAGGAGGUUCACCCCAGCUCACCCCACCGCGAUGACACCCCAGACUGGCCUAAAUGUAGCUUAAACACCCCGGAUGAUACGAUUGUCACCCCUGAUAGUCCUGAAAUCACCCCAAAAUACACCCCAGUCACCCCUGACACUCCGGAAACAGCCACGGAGAUCACACUGCGCAUUCACCCCUACCAGUACACAAACCCCGCACCCCGCCGACGCUACACCCCAGGCCCGCCCCCUGUAGAUGAGUUUGGGAACCUUAUCGUCACCCCUCCGUCACCCCGCCCGCUUGUGUCCAUCAAAAAGAUCACCCCGAUAGUCAUACCACGAGUCACACCCCGGGGAAGUGUAGCAAAGAUAGUCUCACCCCAGAAACCUGCAUCACCCCAGUUUUCACCCCAGAUUGAAACACCCCUAAUAACACACCAAAAUGCACCCCAGUAUGAUACACCACCGUGCAAAACACCCCUAAACGCUCAGACGGGUAGCUGGGGUGAGGGGGGUGACGGGGGUGAGUGGGUGGGGGUGAGGGGGGGUGAGGGGAGACCGCGCGCACAGCAAACACCCCGCGCCAGUGUACCAGAGAGAGUGAGACGGGCCACAUCGCCGCCCCGCCACCCCAAUGCACCCCAGACGAUGCUAAAGCCCCCCCCAGGCCCUCACCCCGAAUGUCACCCCUACACCCCAUUCUCCCAGAUACCAUUGCAUUUAUUGGAGUGUCUGGAGGAAAGCUCAGUUGAUCCCCCCACCCCCCUGGAAGGUGCUGGGGGGGCGGGGAGGGGUGAUGGGGUGACGACGGAGCACCAGGACACCCCUACGGUCACCCCUGCCACUGUCACCCCUGCAAGUGUCACGUGUUUUGAGAAAGCCUCACCCAUCACGCCCACACCAGAGCCACCCACGCCCUCGUCACCCCACCCACACCCCCACGCAUCCCCUCCCGUACCCCUACCCCUCCCCUUCCACCUUAAUAAGAGAUCAUUUUCGAGGAUUUUGCACCCCGCCCCUCAGACCCCGCCCACGCCCACUCCCGGAGCCUGGACGAGGAGCUUACCCCACGCCCCUCCCCCGCCCCCCCUGGAUAGCGACAGUGGGCAUGAAAGUGGAGCCACCAGCCCGUGUGGAACUUUAACGGGCGAGGAUGUGAAGCAGACUCCCCCAGCCUCACCUCACGGCGCCCACAGCCCACACCAGGACACGGGCGUGGGUGUGUCGGUGGUAGGGGGAGAGCCAAGGGGUGUGGGCGUGUCUGGGGUGUCACUAGAGCCACGCCCACCCUCGCAUUUCGUUGUAGUGGCCAUUGAUUUCGGAACAACUUACAGUGGAUAUGCCUUCAGCUUCACCAGCGACCCAGACAGUGUGCACAUGAUGAAGCAGUGGCAAGGUGGCGAUCCCGGGGUGCAGAACCAGAAGACGCCCACCACGCUGCUGCUGACCCCCGAGGGCGCCUUCCACUCCCUGGGGUACCUGGCGCGGGACACCUACCACGACCUGGACCCCGCCCACGCAGCCACCUGGAUGUACUUCGACCGAUUCAAGAUGGUGCUGCACGCCGACCAGUCACUGAACAGGGAGACUUUGAUAGAAGCCACCAAUGGACGCCGCCUGCCCGCCCUUCAGGUAUUCAGCCACGCCCUCAGGUACUUUAGAGACCACGCCCUUAGAGAGUUGAGUGACCAGGCGGGCGUGUGCGGGGGCGUGGGCGUGCUGGAGGAGGAUGUGCGGUGGGUCAUUACUGUUCCUGCAAUCUGGAGUCAUCCCGCUAAGCAGUUUAUGAGGAGCGCCGCUUAUCAGGCCGGCAUGGGGUCACUGUCCCGGCCUGACCAGCUGUUGAUAGCCCUUGAGCCUGAAGUGGCGGCUAUCUACUGCAGAAGACUCAGAAGACACCAGCUGUUACCUCCACCCUCCUCCACGUCCUCCACCUCCAGGUCCUUGCCCCCCCACCUCCAGCAGGACCCAGCCCCUCCACCCUCCCCUGACUUGAAUAGAGCAGAGGCGGUGUCCCUGCCCUACCGAAGCCUGGAGACGGUCGGUGAUUGGCUGGGGGAAGACACGGUGUACGCGGUGGUUGACUGUGGAGGCGGUACGGUGGACAUCACGGUGCACCAGAUGACAGACAGGACCUCGGGACACCUCAAGGAGCUCCACAAGGCCACAGGAGGGCCAUACGGUUCCACGGGCGUGGACGCGGAGUUUGAGAAGCUGUUAGAGACCAUCUUUUCGAGCGAGUUCCUCCAAGUGUUCCGGAGAGAGCGUCCCGCGGCGCAUGUGGACCUCAUGAUAGCUUUCGCGCGCAAAAGGAACGCCUCCCCACGCCGCGCCACGCCCCUCAACAUCGCCCUGCCCUUCUCCUUCAUCGACUUGUACAGGAAGAUGAAGGGCAAAGAUGUUGAGUCAGCGGUGAGGAAGCACCAGCAUCUCGGGGUGAAGUGGUCAUCUCAGGGCAUGUUGAGGCUGGACCCUGACACAAUGACUCGCCUCUUCACCCCGACACUCAACAGUAUUACCAAGGCGAUCGAGGAGGUGGUGGGGAGCCCUGAGGUACGCUCUUUGCAGUACAUGUUCCUGGUGGGGGGGUUUGCAGAGAGCGAGGUGCUACAGACACACAUCAGAGACACAUUCUCACCAAGAGUCAGGGUGGUGAUUCCCCAGGGCACCAGUUUGGCCAUCCUGCGAGGGGCGGUACAGUUUGGCCUGGACCCUGGCAUAGUGACGGUCCGCAGGUCCCGGCUGACCUAUGGAGUGGGGGUCCUCAACAAGUAUGACCCACGGAUACACCCUGAGGAGAAGAGGGUGCGGUCCGGGGGCGGGGAGUGGUGUGCGGAUAUCCUGGACCGGUUCGUGGUGGUGGACCAGAGUGUGGCGGUGGGGGAUGUGGUGGUGCGGUCCUACACACCCGCCACCCCCGCCCAGCGCACUGUUAUUCUCCACCUAUACGCCACACACAGGCAUGACGUACAGUUUGUGACAGAAGCAGGGGUGGAGAGAGUGGGCACAUUACACCUUGAGCUAGACCCACCCACGCCCCAGCCCCCCCACAAGGACCCAGGAGGAAGAGAAGAAGGAAGAGGAGGAAGAGACACAAGGGAGAUUUCUGUGAACAUGAAGUUUGGAGACACAGAGGUGAAGGCGACUGCUGUGGACCACUUCACCAAACACAGCGUCAGGGUUAAUAUUGACUUCCUGGCGCUGUGAGAGAGAGAGAGAGAGAGAGAGAGAGA